AUGGUUGGGCUGGCAGGAUUCCGUUCCCUCCUUCUGGCACAUUUGCCUGACUGCAUCCCGCUCGUCCCUUUCAAUCAUCCAUCCAGCGCCAUUGUCGAGUACUCUGCAGGGAUACACAUGAAGCCUCUGGAGCUUCGGGAGGGGUCGCCGCCUCAGCCGGUGUUGGGCGUCAAGUGUGUGGUGGCGCCGAUGCGCUGUGCCGAGGCAAUGAUUUUCGAGUGGAUGGCUGAGCCGCGUGUGGGCGUGCUCAUGGACCUGGGGAGGAUCAGAUCCCACCUGCCUGCCAUUCUGGCCAUCACAGAUUCUGCUACAACUGCGCCUGCUCCUGCAACAGCUGCUGGUUCUGAUGCUGCUAGUGGAACGUGGGCUACUCGUUGGGCUGCCUACCGCCGUGCUGUCAGCUUCGCUGCCUUCCUCAUGCUUGUAGUGAGGUGCCCGCGUGUUGUGAACCUAAGAACGGUGUCUUUGUAUACUCACUCCGCCGCUUAUCCGGCUAUCAUGCAGUUGGGGGCGACCAGGCAGAUUGAAAACGACUGCUUUGCGUCCAUGCUGGUGCAGGUGCUCGGGGUGAAGGAGAGUGCUGAUCUGCAGGAAGGGUUUGGGUUCUUCGUGCAGCAUCUGCUGUUAGGCGGGCUGGAGAAGGCGCAUGCGGAGGGGAGGGGCGGAGCUGAGGGGGAGGCUGCUGAGAAUGCGCAGGGGGAGGAGGGACGGGCAGAUGGCGAGGUGAUGGAUAGGGGUGGGGGCAUGGAAAAGGAGGAGAAGCAGGGAGGUGACCUGGCAAGGUUGAUUGUGACGCAGGUUGAUGGUGGUGGUGGUAAGGACAGAGGGGACAAAGGGGGACCGGAGCAUAGAAGCGAUGCGAGCAGAGGGGACGAGAGGCAAAGUAGCGAGGUGAAUAAUGCAUCUGCUGGGGGGGGUGGCAGUGGGGGGAAGAAUGGGCAGUGGAGGGAGAAUUUGAAGGGGCGUGAGUGGGAGAAGUAUGUGGAUGGCAUGGCUUGGAUUCUGGCACAUGGAGGGGGCACCACGGAUUUCGCUCUUGCUUUGGCCAUGGAGAUGUCUAAGCCAGAGAGUUGUAUCGAGGCGGUUCUGUACGUGCUAGAUGGGAACAAUGCCAAUAAGGUGAGAGUGGAAGAGGCAGCAAUCGAGGAGGCUAGAAGCAGGCUGAGAAGAGGGGUAGGUGAUAAGGGCAGAAAUUGCGAUUCAGGAGGAAUAGGAGGAGAGUGGGGAGUGGCAGGCACGAGUGGGGCAGCAGCAAGCACGAGUGGGGCAGCAGAAGCAUCAGCAAUGUGGUAUGCAUCUUCCCGACCAGAUGGCACUGGCAGCAGCUACAGCUCUGAUAUCCUCAUUGUGAAAGGAUGCUCGGGGAGUAGGCGGCAGAAGGGGAUCCUGCAAAUGCCCCAUCCGUUUCGAGACCUCCCGAGCCUGCUGCUCAGGCUCGGCGCCACCCCCAAGCCUCUUGAUGAUGCUAAUUUUUCUAUGGAGUGGGAAGAAUGGUCACAGGGCGAUGAAUCUGCUGCAAAGCUUCCUGAUGAUCCCGAUGCGAGAUUCUUUCAGCUGGGUAUUGUGGAGGAGAGUUCAACGGGAGUGGAGUCUGGUCAGGGGGUAAGAGAACAAGAUUCAAAGUCCGGGAGGAAGCACAUUAGGGAGAAGGGGCAAAAAGCCAAGGCAUCUGGCAAAGGAAGUGACGUAAGAGGGGGUGAUACAAACAGAGGGUUUGGGGAAGACCAAGGAGGCGUUUCACAUGCAUCCGGCAUGACUGUUGCACGGCCGUCGCCUGCGAGAGGAGAGGUGCCCAUGAUCCGAUGUGUGGAGGACGCAGAGUUCAUUGUGGAUGCCAUCAGCCUUGUUGCGAGUCCACCGGCUUGUGCCAAAUGCAUCCGUUGCUACCGCAGCUACACCUCCUUCAUCCCAUCCAUCGCUCUCGUCGCCAAGUUUGCCUACCGCCCCCUCGGCGUCCUUCUCAACCGCUUUCUAUCCGUAUUCCUGCCCCACUCCGCUGGGUUUGACAAGCUUGUGAAGGCUAUGGGGUUGUCGCCAUUUCCCCCAGGCCCGCCUGCGCUUGCCAACCUGGCGAGGCUGCGAGGUGAGAUAGAGGCGGAGCGCCUUGGCUUCUUCAUGUUCGUCGCCCUCACGUGGCCCGCCUCCAUUCUGGAUAUGGAACAGUUUGAGAGCAAACGGGCGGAGGGGGGGGACGGGAUUCGAGUGAAGAAGAGGGUGGGGAGGAAGAAAGGGAAGGCACGAGGGGAGGAGGAGGAGGAUGAUGGGGAGGUGUGGGAGGAGUUGCAGUCGUGGUGCUACACGGCAAAAGUAGCCUGGCCGUCCGCCAUGCGUGUUGCAUUGAGCAAUUCCAAUGUCGACUCGGCGCGUUCAGGUCUCAGUGGUGUGUGCACGGGCAGUGAGGGGCGGCAGAAGAGGGCGCACGUGGACACGCGGUUAGCUAAUAUAGUCAACACAGGGGCGGCAAAGAGGAUCAGACAAAGGGUGCGAGAUUGGGCUUGGGCUGCGUGGAGAAGCAGCACUAGCAACAGCAGUAGUGAUGCAGUCAUGGGGAGUGGUGCUGCUGCUGGUACUGGCAGCGCCAGCAACGGUAGCAGUGGCAGAGGAAGUGGUGAUGGUGCUGGCACUAGUGAUAUUGCUUGUGCUGGUGAUGGUGCUGCUGGUGGUGCCUAUGCUGGUGCUGGUGCUGGUGGUGGUGCCUAUGCUGGUGCUGGUGCUGGUGGUGGUGCCUAUGCUGGUGCUGGUGCUGGUGGUGGUGCCUAUGCUGGUGCUGGUGCUGGUGGUGGUGCCUAUGCUGGUGCUGGUGGUGGUGCCUAUGCUGGUGCUGGUGCUGGUGGUGGUGCCUAUGCUGGUGCUGGUGCUGGUGGUGGUGCCUAUGCUGGCGCUGGUGGCGGUGCCUAUGCUGGUGCUGGUGGUGGUGCCUAUGCUGGUGCUGGUGCUGGUGCCUAUACUGGUGCUGGUGCUGGUGGUGGUGCCUAUGCUGGUGCUGAUGUUGAUGGUGUCAAGAGCACUAGGGGAAAGGGCAAGAAGCCGGAGCUGCCACCUUAUAUGAUUCCAUGGCCGGGGGGAGUCAAUCUGGUGGCAUGUCUGCGGGAGAUGCUGCUGGGGGAGCCAUGCUACCGCCACCCCUCCCCAACUGCCACUUCGGUCCUGCCUGAUCUUGCCAACACCACUGCUGCAGCGCCAACCACAACCACUUCUGCCUCUUCCACCCCUGCUGCUCCACCAGAUGUUGCCGCUCCGAGCACUGCUGCCUCAUCUACCCUUCCAGCUGUGCACACCGUUGCUACCACGUCAACCUAUAAUGGUGCUGCGACAGGCACUGCUGCUGCAACUGCACCCUUAGCAGAUACAGAGGCUUCUGGUUCCGAUGCUCGCAGGGGAAGUAGGUGCGGUGCUGCGGGGUGUGGGAGUGUGGAGGGUGGUUGUGUGAAGCUGAAGAGCUGCAGUGGGUGUGGUAGGGUGGCGUAUUGCAGCAGGGACUGCCAAAAGGCCCAUUAG